GGGGGGAAAGUAAAUGGAAACGGACGACUGGGAAUUCAGUGCGGAGGAGCUUGAAUUUCUGGAAAGGGAUGCUCUCAAUCGGAUCGCUCAACGAAAUGCCACCGUUACUACACACUACAAUCGUUCACCUUCUCCUCUCGUCGACAAGGUAAAUUCUUUGCCAACUGCUUCAGGGAAUCUGACAGCAGGCACAACACGAAAUUUAUCUGGAGAUGAUUGUUCAAAGACUCGGCAGAAAGUGUCUGUUAAAUUUUUUCUACAUGCGAGUGGAUACAUUGCUGCAAAAUGUGUAUAUGACCAGGUGCUUGUGGGAGCAUUACGCAAAAUUCCAAAAGCAACUUGGAAUGCAAAAGAGAGAUUGUGGAUGUUCCCUUUGUUAUCUUUAUCAUCAGCAGAAAAAGUUAUUGGUGAACUAAAUGGUUCUAACAUUGAGGUAGAAGCUUUAGAUCCAUUGCUGCAACGUGCUAUUUCUGCUGCGUCCACCAUUCCAGAUCUUCGAGACCGUUACGACUUGAUGCCUGAUAGCAUUGAAUCAAAGCUUCUGCCUUUUCAGCGAGAGGGUGUUCGGUUUGUGUUGCAGCAUGGAGGGCGUGUCCUCCUGGCUGAUGAAAUGGGUCUCGGAAAGACUCUUCAGGCUAUUGCUGUAGCCUCUUGUGUUCGUGACUCAUGGCCUGUUCUUGUUCUUACUCCGUCUUCAUUGCGGCUCCAAUGGGCUUCAAUGAUUCAGCAGUGGCUAGGCAUAUCUUCGUCAGAUAUACUUGUGGUUUUGUCUAAUGCCAGUGGGUCAAACAAGGGUGGAUUCACUAUAAUGCGACCGAACACCAAGGGAAGUAUACGUCUUGAUGGGGUAUUCAACAUUGUAUCGUAUGAUGCCGUGGAUAAACUUCAAGGCGUUCUAAUGAAUUCAGAUUUUAAGGUUGUGAUUGCAGAUGAGUCACACUACUUAAAGAAUGCCCAAGCAAAGCGAACUAGUGCGUCCCUUCCCAUAUUACAGAAAGCUCAUUACACAAUGUUGCUUACUGGAACUCCAGCUUUAUCUCGACCUAUUGAGCUGUAUAAACAGCUGGAAGCGUUGUAUCCCAAUGUAUACAAGAGCGUUCAUGAAUAUGGAAACCGAUAUUGCCAGGGUGGUGUUUUUGGAAUGUAUCAAGGUGCAAGUAAUCAUGAAGAACUGCACAAUUUAAUGAAAGCAACUGUGAUGAUUCGCAGACUCAAAAAGGAUGUCCUCACUGAGCUUCCUGUUAAGCGAAGGCAACAGGUUUUCUUGGACCUGGCAGACAAGGACAUGAAGCAAAUCAAUGCUUUAUUUCGUGAGUUGGAGUUAGUUAAAAGCAAAAUCAAGGCCAGCAAUUCCAAAGAGGAAGCCGAGUCACUAAAGUUUACAGAGAAGAAUAUCAUAAAUAAGAUUUAUACAGAGUCUGCAGCAGCCAAAAUCCCUGCCGUUCUGGAUUACCUGGGAACCGUCAUCGAGGCAGGGUGCAAGUUUAUUGUGUUUGCUCAUCAUCAGCCAAUGAUUGAUUCAAUACAUCAAUUUCUUCUUAGGAAAAAGGUCGGUUGUAUCCGGAUAGAUGGUGGUACUCCGGCAGGAUCACGGCAAUCCUUGGUUACAGAUUUCCAGGAUAAAGAUGCUAUAAAAGCAGCAGUGCUAUCUAUCAAGGCUGGUGGUGUUGGGUUAACAUUAACAGCGGCAAGCACAGUAAUAUUUGCAGAGCUUUCUUGGACUCCAGGCGACAUUAUUCAAGCUGAAGACCGAGCUCACAGAAUUGGCCAGGCGUCUUCAGUGAAUGUAUACUAUCUCCUAGCAAAUGACACAGUUGAUGAUAUCAUAUGGGAUGUUGUGCAAAGCAAGUUAGAAAAUCUGGGACAGAUGCUGGACGGGCACGAGAAGUCACUGGAAGUUUCAGUUAAGCAGCCAAGAAGUAGCCCUGCAAAGCAGAAAACAUUGGACUCAUUUGUGAAGCGUUGCAAUUCACUCAACUCGGAACAACAAUCAGACCCGAAACAUCAGAGGCACUGAUUCUGUGGAAUAGAUGCCAAAAAAUCAACCAACCAAUUUGACAGGAGAUAUUAUUAUGUAUUUUAGUAGGGUUACCGGGUGAGCAUGGCAAAAACCAAGAAUCUUACCCGGUAAGUGCGGAAGAACUCUUAUCCGUUGAGUGCUUACCCGAUAAGACAAGUGAAGUGAGGGUGUUCGGUUAAUUUGUGGUUUUUAGGUAUAUAUUUGUGUCUAAUGUUUGGUUUGAUGUGGGGAUACCUCAAGUCAAGUGUACAGGUUUUGUUUAUGGCAAGAUUUGUGAAACUAAUGGGUAUCUUCCUUC